CGAAAGCCGGAUGUAAACAAUCUACUGAAACCACAGAUUAAAUAAAACGCACGGCAGUCGGCAGAUGGCGAUUGUUUAUUCCACGAAUCCAACUCCCGGCUCGUCGUCGUCGUUGUACGUGCCGCGUUCUUUAUUGAUUUUAAUUUCAUGCGAGAUAACCGCUGUUUUUGUGUCAUUGUAAUAUAGUUUUUGUGUUUUACAUUGGUUGAAGUGAAUAAUAGUUUUAAGUAAAGCUAUUAAAAUGGCUGAGAAAUACGAUAAAAAUGGUUAUAACAGCAGUGACUUUAAGCGAAAUGCGCCUCAAGAUGCAAAUAUAGACAACGAACAAGAACAAGAUGGCGAUGAUAAUCCUAAAUUGAAUGAAAAAGCCAGUGAAUAUAGGAGAGAAUUACUUAGCGAGAAAAUCAAACUCAAUACUGCUAAGUUUCCCAUCAUUACAAAACUUAUUGACCAAGAGGUGACCAAAGUCCUGGCAUCUGGCAGGAUACCCGGCAAAGACUCGAAGUAUCUGGAUGUGUUCCGUGACAAGCCCACCAAGGUGACUGUUAAGGUGCUGGUGCCUGUUAAGGAACACCCCAAGUUCAACUUUGUUGGCAAGCUACUAGGCCCCAAGGGUAACACAAUGAAGCACUUGCAAGAAGAAACCAUGUGCAAGAUGGCUGUGCUCGGCAGGGGAUCAAUGCGGGACAGGCAAAAAGAGGAAGAGCUCCGCAACUCUCUGGAUCCUAAAUACGCGCAUCUGUCCGACGAGUUGCAUGUAGAGAUCAGCGCGUUGGCGCCGCCAGCUGAAGCUCACGCGCGUAUCGCGUACGCCCUCGCCGAGGUCAAGAAAUACCUAGUGCCUGACGCCAAUGACAUGAUCUGGCAGACUCAGAUGAGGGAUAUUGAGCGAGGAGGCAACGCGGCCGGGCGGUGUGUCCCCAGCUUCAAUUGCACCGUGACCCCGCGCUCGUUCUCGUUCGAGCCCAGCGCCGCUCCAACCACUGCUGCCCCCGCAGGUGCGCCCCGCGGCGCCAGGCCUCCGCCCCGCAUGCCGCCGGCGCCGCCCAUGCCCCGCGCCAUGCCGCCCAAGAACAAGGUUAUCAGCAUCCUAGACCGUGCACGCAACGCUAUGGAGACUUCGUACCCCUAUGACGAUGUUUAUGCACAGCCGCCAGAGCCACCGAUUCGUGGCCCAGUCCGAGGCGCGGCUCCGGAGCCGGACUUCUACUACGAGCGUAGUCACGACCGGUACUACGAGGACGAGAGCUACGGGUACAAGGAGGACAACCGCGAUUACAAGUCAUCGCGCGCGGUGGGCACGCGGCGCCAGGCUCCCAUGCAGCCGCAGCACCACGCUCCGCGCCACUACGUGCGCCCCGAGCCCUACGCGCGCCCGCCCAAGACUGUCAAAAAACGCUCCCAUUAGGUGAGUAAAAAAGUUGUAUUGGAUAUUAAAAACAAGAUAAAUAAAACAAACAAUGAAAAAUAAUGAAGACUAAAACGUUAAAAUUGGCAGAAGAAAAACAAUACAACUUCUAAGUACACAAAAUGUUUACAUUGACUAAAAAUAAUGAUGAUUACUGAUUAUGGACCAAUCACGGCACAAAUUGUGUUUUAUCAAAAAUCUACAGAAUAAAAAUAGUUUAAAAAUAUUUUGUUGACAAAAGGUUUUAAUUUUAAUUUGUUUUUUGUAAUACAAACAGCAUUUAAGCAUGGAUAUGCUGCGAACAUUUAAAAACUGUAAAAUGCGUACGCGCAUUAAACUAGGUAGCGAUCGAAAUAAAAGUAUUUAUAUGUAAAUUCCAAAAAAGCAAUUUUAUAAAAAUAAUACUUUGUUAGUAAGUAAUUCUUAAUAAUAUUAGUUGAACUUAAAACGCAUUCAACAUGUUUUAAAUUAGUUUAAAUGCACAUAGACUAGAUACACGAGAAAGCUGCUAGCCCAAACGUUACAAAAGUAUCAAAAAAGGUUUUGCACUUUCUUUAAUAAAUUUUGCAUUGAAACAUGUUGAAAAUAUAAUGUAUUCAAUAUUGUGUGACUAUGAAAUAAAUAAAAUAACAAAAUAAAUCAUCUUUAAUUUUAUAAUACAUACAAUUGGUUGUAAGAAAACCCAAAAAUGUUAAAUUGGUACUAAACGGUGUAAAAACAUAAAAUAUUUUGUCUGCUAUUGUGGUGAGCACAUUGCAAUCCAUUAAUAAAAAUUGAGAAGAUACGAGUUUGACAUAGGACCAAACCAAAUUUCUUUUAAUACUCAUCUCAAAAUGAGAAACGUCAAGAACAGGAAUAUAAUUACUAAUUUGUUCAGAUAAAUUCAAAUUUAUCGCCUAACUGCAGUAAACACAUUUUCAAAUAGAUACAUACAUUAACUAACAUAAAAAUAUCAAGAAAAAUAUAACUCAAACUUCAAAACUCUCAAAAUCGAAGUUAAAGCAAAGGGCUUCUAGACAAACUCAAUAAAAACUUGAAGAAAAUAGCUGUAAGAAGACUGGACCGGAAUAAAUACUAAGUAUAAAUUAAAACAAUAUAUAAGUUAUAAUUUAAUAUACAAUCUUACCUACUUAUUUUUGGCCAAGAUCGAUGUGAAAUGUUUGUAAAAAAUACACUGAAGGGAUAAGUCGUAUUUAUUUUGCUGCAAGCAGUGUCCUCACUUUAACAACUACGUUGCUAUUUAGUAGAAUAUAGGAUAUACCUUACCUUUGUCUUAUAAAUAUUUCACAUAUUAGAUCUUGGUCAAAGUAAUGGUCAUAUAAAAGUCAAUCUUACAAAGAAAUCAAAAUGGACCUGGUAAUAUACAACCAAGCUGAAGAUGUCCGAUGUCACAUGGUCUGUGGAGUAAGUACCUGAGGUUUAUUUUAGAAGACCAUUAAGUUCCUAUACUGUAUAUUGCUGCUAAGUUGUGCCGGCCUUAAUAAUGUUUUUAGGGGUACGAGAAAAAGCCGAGCCGAGCGCCGUGUCGUUCGUUUUGGCGCCCAGUGCAUUUACCCCCACCCUAGGACCGCCUUGUGUAACAUUUCUGUUUCUGUGCAUGUCUCAAAUCGACCAUUGCCCAUAAUUUUUAUCUUCAAAUCGACCAUUGAUUUAUAUCUUGUAAUCCACCCGCCCUCUCGCCAAUAUCAUUCAUGCAUCAAUCAUCAUCAUACUUUUUAACUAUUCUUGCUCUUGAUAAUAUCAUUUUGUACUAUUUCCAGGUUUUCAAUAAAUAUAUUUUUUCCAGCCUCAUAUACUGGUUUUAUUUGUCCUGAGAUUCUAUUAAAUAUACAUAAUGAUUUAGCCAAUGGGUACACAGAAGUAAUAGUAUGCUCUUGC